CCCUUAGAUGUUAACUGAUUUAUCAGAGGAAAACACUUUAGCACAUAUUUCUUAGCCCCACCAUGGAUAUUUCCAAAACAUCUUUUUCCGUCUGUUUUUCUUAACCUCACAAAAGAAGGACAAACUUCACCUGGGUGGAUAUGUGCAUGAAUAAAGCACAAUAACAGAGAAUCAAAAGGAUUUAUUAUCUCAGACCGUACUUCUUUCAGUCCUCUAUCCUGUUGUCAUUUGCAAAGUGGUAGUGAUAAAUGUGACAUCAAAAUGCAGUCUGAUGCUUUGGUUUCUGAACAUCAAAGACAAAGAAGAAUGGAGGAAGCCGAAUUGCUGAAAGAAAGAUUCCAGGCCAUAACAGACAAAAGAAAGCUUCAAGAAGAAAUUACACAGAAACGUCUAAAAGUGGAAGAGGAAAAAAUGAAACACCAACAUUUAAAGAAAAAGGCCUUGCGAGAAAAAUGGCUCUUAGACGGUCUUAGUUCUCUCACUCCAAAAGAGCAAGAAGAAAUGCAAAAGCAGAACUGGGAGGAUCAACAACGGACUCGUGAGCUGGAACAAGGCAUUUUCAGACUGGAGAAGGAAAUCGAGGCUCUGGAAAGAGAGGAAAUGGAAGUCUCAGCUAAGGAAGAAGCAAUUUUAAAGAAACUUAAGUCUGUUGAGAAAACAACAGAAGACAUAAUAAAGUCUGUGAAGACUGAAAAAGCAGGAAUUGAAAAAGAGGCAGCAGACUACAUAUACGCCAGCAUCCCUGACCUUCCCAAGUAUUUCAGGCCUUCUGCCCUGAGAAGCACGGCACAUGCUGCCACCGAUGAUGAAGAAAAGAGAAAAGCAUUGUUUGCCAUGGAAAUUAAAGUUGAAAAAGACAUGAAGACAGGAGAAAACACAGUGUUAUCAACAAUACCUCUUCCCUCAAAGGAGUUUAAAGAAACAGGAAUUAAAGUCUAUGAUGAUGGCAGGAAGUCAGUCUAUGCAGUGCCCUCAAAUGGCAGCACAACACAAAAUGGGAUGGAUGAACUUGCUCCUGUUGAGGUGGAGGACCUGCUACGGCAAGCAACUGAAAAAAAUUCCCAGUCUCCCACAGAGUAUCAUGAGCCUGUGUUUGCAAACAAAUUUUGCAGGCCAGUUACUCCUCAGAAAGACAAAUUAGACCCUGGACCAAAACUGGAAGACACUCACAGAAGAGAGAUGAAUGGAUUUAGCAGUCAUCAGACAGAAUUCUCUUCCAGAACAGAGCCUUUUAUGCAGCAACACAGAGAGAAUGGGCUUGAUCUUCCAAAGGUAAUACAGCCAAAACCUCCCUCUCCAGUACUUUCCCAUUCAGAGAAGAAAGUGCACACUAAGCCUGAGAAUAGAAUGAUAUAUAAUGAAGAAAAAAAAGCUGCACAUGAGGAAUUAAAGCCUUACCAAAAUACAGGAGAAAGACACGAUGAAACGAGAUCAAGUCCCUGCCAUCUUAAUGAAACUUCCCCUGCACCUCAGGGUGGGGAAGAUGUUCAGUACAACAUUGUCCAAGCUGUACCAUGUUAUGUGGAUGAUUCUGAACCAGUAACGAUGAUUUUCAUGGGUUAUCAGCGCGUUGAUGAUGACGAUGCAGAAGCACACCAAAAUCUGUCACGAUAUGAUGGGGUUAUCCGUGCAGAAUUAGUUAUCAUUGAUGAUGAUGAUGAAGAUGAAAGCAAAUCUGAGAAACCAGCAUAUCAUCCCAUAGGCCACUAUAGUCAGGUUUAUCAGCCACCAAACAGGAAAAUAACAGAAGUCCCACAGAUGAACCCUGUGAGCAGUCUGGGCACGAGCCUGAACAAUGUACCCCACAAAAAUUCCAUCUCCCUGAGAGAACAAGAGGAACGCUUAAGCUCACCAACACACUAUGCUCACCUUCAGAGCCAGGUAUCUGGAGAUGGUACCGAAGAUCCCUCGCUAACAGCUCUGAGGAUGAGAAUGGCAAAGCUGGGGAAAAAGGUGAUUUAACAGCUAUAAUAACAUGGAAGUAAAUUUUACUACUCAAAGCAGAAUAAAGCUAAGAAGCGUUUCUUCAACACAGCUUUUUUGGAUCAUAAUGCUUGUUUUGCUCCUCUGUUUUAUGCAUAUGGGUAAUUUUGCCCUCUGCAUAAUCCAAUGGACUUUAACAGACUUCUAGAUUUGACCAACUGUCACAGACACAAAUCACAUCCUGGAUUUUGCUGAAAGUAGUGGAAAGUUACCCAAGACCAUAAAUGCAGCAUAUUCAAGUACGAAGAUAUGUGCAUACCUAUUCCCACAAUCAGGAAUACGUUGUUGCUAUAUAAACAGAGCAGAUAAACAUCCAGCUCCAGGGAACUUCACAGGACAUUGUUUCACUUCAAAGUGUGCCAAUCUACCUGAAAAUGCCAUCCCAGCAUUUUUUCUGGUGAAAGCACUGGUUAAUAAAAAACUAAACAUGAGAGACAGGAGGAAGAGGAAAUGUAAAUAUAUAAGCCGGUUUCUAAGCAUACCACCUUGGCCAAAAUUUAAAGCAUUCCUUUCUAAGCAACAGCAAACCAACCCAAAAUAUAGUAAAAUCAAUAUUUAAACAUACAGCUACCUUGUAGAGCUCCACAGCCCACCCCCCUCCUGUUUUAGAUACGACAGUAUAGCCACCCUCAGACUCUGCUCCCUUCUCCACAUCACAUAAAUACUGCCCACCCAUAACCUCGCAGACUGAUCCUGUGCACAACACUACAAGCAGCCUGACCACCCAAGUCUGCUUUCACCUCAUAGAUAGCUCAAAAAGUCCUGCUUUCCCAGGAAACUGGUUGCCAGACAGGCUGUCCAACAAAAAAAAAAAAAAAUUAAAAAAAAUAAAAUAAAUUUUAAAAAGUGCUUAGUACACAGAUGUCAGUUGGCCAAAGAGCUAAAAUUUUUGCAAGCUCCUGUCAGAAAUAUUGAGUUGCCAAAGGCUUGUCCUGCAGCUGCAACCAAAGGGCUGCAAGAGGGGCAGCCACUGCCGGUCACAGCUACCCAGCAAGGUCCAAGGUUCCCAUCAAGGACCAGGUUCAUUCCUUCCACAUGCAGAAGAAGCCAAGGGCCUUAAAGCAGCCAUAAGUUACAGGUACACCAAGAAAAUCAGAUGCAAGUCAGAUAUUACAUAGUUCUUUGAGGGGGAAUAGGUGUAGGAAGUGCCUCAUAGCACUACAUCCUUAUACUCAAAUAAAUACAAUCGCUUUAUUUCGAUAGCUCUUAGACUGAAUCAUUAAACAGAGAAAGCUCAGGUUGUGUUAUUCUAGUAUGGCUGAUUCAAAUUACACACCAGCAAAAAAAAACCACCACAAUUUUUGCUGGUCUUCCUUGUUUCAAAGUGGGAAACUGAAGCUACUACCUCAUACUGAGGCACGAUGGCCACAAUCAGCUGACUUAAAGCCCCUGAACGCUUCGUGGCUCCCAGGCUGAAGUGGGUGAUGGUCUCAAAUUUUAGGACUUGUCAGAGUUGAUUACCUGGAAAGUGGAAUAUUGAGGGGGAAAAAAAAAAAAAGCAAAUAAAUUAAUUGAACUAUA